CUUGGGUAAAUAUGGAUAAUAGAUGUAUCCAAUAUUGUCUUCCAAAAGACACCUCAGAAAUUUGGCUUCCAAGUUCCAAACCUCCACUUUCUUUUCACAAAGUUCAAAUUCUAUUUAAACCCCUUUUCUCAUCUAUUCUCUUCUCCAACAGACACACAAACAAAAAAGCAACAACAGCCUUUUUGUCUCUCUAGCUAGAAUCAUAAAUAUUUGUUUGCUACCAUGGAAAAGUUGAUGAAGACUCAAUCAGUUGCUCCAAGUUCAGCUAAUUCUACUAAACUGGCCAUGCACAAAGAUUCCCACGUAAUAUCCAAGUUCAAGCCAAAGAUUCGCAUAAUCCAUGUAUUUACACCUGAAAUCAUCAAGACAGACGCCGAAAAUUUCCGAGAACUGGUUCAGAAUCUCACGGGCAACAAGCCUCAUGCAGACAAGGUUAGUGGUGGUACGAUGAGGAGUAAAACAACAAGUGGUACUUCAGCUCCGCGCAAGAAAAUGGAAGAGCAAAAAAAGGACGAGUUUACAAGGUUGCAAAAUGGGGAAUUGAUAAAGGAAGAAAUAGAAGAGUUAUGGAGAGGUGAGAAGAUUAAUAGUUUCUUGGAUGGUUUCUCUGAUUUGGAUGGUUUUAUUGAAGAGUUAAAUCAAUUCCAUUCACUUCCUCUAAGGUCUUCGCUCAUGGAUGUGUUUGAAGAUCCAAAAUGGAUGAGCAAGGAGAGAUGUGAAUCACUGUGGCCAAAAGCCAAAAUAUUCAACCCGGGGCCCUUUGGCGUUUAGCUUCAAUUUCUUGUGCUCCACUUUAACAUACCACUGCCCCGGAGGCUGAGAAAUUUCACGUUUGGAGGCUCAGAAAUUUUCAUGACUUUUUAGCACCAUCCCCAAAGUCAGCCAUAUCCUUUUGUCAACUCAUAUAUAUCCAAAGUAAUUCAAUUCUAACAACAAACAAUCAAUACAUGUAUGUAUGUAUGUAUGUAAUAAAUAAUAUUGAUCCAUUGUAUGCAUGUAGCAAAUAUACAUAAUUUUGUUAUAAAUGGUGUUUGUCUCCUUCUCUAUAAUAGAGGCAGAAGCCUACAUGGACCUUGUAUAUUAAUUGGCAACAACCAAUUUGGAUUCUAUUUUAUUUAUAUAUGUAUUUAUACAUAUAAUUUUGCUAAAAAAAAUGCAUAAAUCUUAUAGUAUAAGGGGUAAAUCAUCAAUCUAUUCUCGACAAUAAACUGGUAGUAUAAUCAUAUAAUUUGUAUAUUUUAUAAAUCUAUAAUAGAACUGUAUAUAUAAAAAUUGAUUGCUGUACAUAUAAGUAAAUAACAUAUUUUCAGUUACAUAUAAUAUACUAUGUAUUCCAUGACUUAAUUUUUUUUUAUAUAUAAAUAAAAACUAAAUGUGGAAGGUUUUUGCUUAGCUUGGUUGCAAUAUAAUCAGAGUGGAUAUUUUAAUUUGUGCCGUUGUGAUUGUUACCUGGCGCCAUACAAAAGAUUGACAGUAUAAAUGUACAUAACUAAACCUCUAAAAAGAUAUAUAACCCUAUAAUGCAUACCAAAUAUACAUGUUAAAUUCCAGCAAAGAAAAAAAAGAAAAAGAUAUGUUAUAAUUUAUAUAUAUUUGCUGAGAGAUAUGUUGUAUAAUAUAUAAAUAUAUCAAACUACAAACUAAUUAUUAAUACCGACUCUCACCCCCCAAAAAAAAAAAAAAAUUAUUAGUACCAAUCCGAACAAAUAAAUAGAGAGUUUAACAUUUGGAUAAUAUUUAAUCACCUCUCUCCAUAUGUGUCAAUGUCAACGUUAUAAAAUAAGACAAAACUACUUAAUUACCCAUCUUAAACAAAGUCUUAUUGCCCCUUAAUAAAUAAUUAUAGUCUUGCAUUUCAUAUGUGAAUUUGUUCUUUUUUGGGUCUAGGUGACUUGAGAAUAUUGUUCACUACCAUCCAUUAAUUGACAAUUCAAACUGCCAUGUGAAUUCUUAUUUCUCAGGUGUUUCUUGAAUAAAAACAAAACAAAACAAAACAAAACAAAACAAAACAAAACAAAAAAAAAAAAAAAAGGAGGAAAAAAGAAGAGAACUGUGCAAGAUCCAGAGUUCGAAUUUUCACUUUUUAAAUAUAAAAAAUAUAUACAUAAUAAUAAGAAUCUAAAUGAUGGCUCUAAACUUGGACCAUUUUUAAGACUGAGAAAGUAUGACAUACACGAUACAGUAGAUAAUGAUUGUAUCUAUGAAAUGUUCGUAAGUUUUUCAUCAAUAUAAUUCACCAAAAAGAAAGUUUUCCAUUAAGAUAGGAGUAUGAUUAAUUUAUUUCAUAUGAUUAGAUUAUCCGUUUAGAACUUGAAUAGAGUUUUAAUUAAUUUACCUUUUUUUAAAGAAAUAUAACUUUAAUAAAGUUUAUAUCAUAAUCUGUCUCUAUCUAAAGAUAAGAUCAAGAUUAGAAUUCUAAACUUCUAAUAAGAGAUUGUAUUAUAAUAAAUAAAUUAGUGAAAAAAAAUAUAUGCACAAACCUCCCUAGCUCUCUAGUUUUCUUUCAUUACAUGCAGCACUUCAAAGCAAUGAAAGUGUUUCAAAUUAAUAGAAAGUAUUGCCAUAUUAUGAAAAUAGUUUACCAUUUUUGUUCUCGUCUUCUUCUUUUGCUAUUAUUUUUUCUCUUUCUUUCCUUGAAGAAGAAAUAAAGGAAGGAGAAAAUACAGAAGGGAUGCUAAGACAUCUACAGUAUAAACUUCGAGUAAGAGCAGUAAGAGAUUUCCUUUUAAAAAAAAAAAAAAAAAAAAAACAACAUAACAA